AUGGCUAAUAUCGUUCGCUCCGCCAAGUCUGGCAGUGACUGGACACGCAUUGAGCUGGAUUCAUAUCAUAUCACCAUCCAUCAAGUGGACCACCUUUUGUUCUUUGGCUUACAGGAGUUGCCACAACCUGUGAUUGAUCAAGAGCUGCUGAACAUUCUCGAUGCUGACACUAUGCAACAA